CCUCAUUCGCUCUUCGUCGGAUCGCGUUCAUAUUUUGUCCGUGUCUCCCGGCGUUGUCCUCUCUGCUCCAUCUUUUCCCCGCUCUCGUGCCAAUGCCAGCGCCUCAGCCCGUCGAGCCGAAGAUCGGCGCGGCGAAUUCGUCCGUAGAGUGUCCUCUCUGCGUUGUCGUCGCCGAGAACGGACGUGCACUCAAGAGGCACAUCAACCUGGUGCACAAGGAGCUGGAGCAGAUAGGGAAGGGGCUGCAAGGAAAGCCUACAUUGCAUAUCCGCUGUCCCUUUCGCGAGCGUGGGUGCUUGUUCACUGCAAGCCAGCGCGGUAACCUCGACACUCACCUCAACAGGCACCUGUCGCUGAAGCCGUGCGUGUGCCCGCAUUCCCGGGGAAAGAAGGAGCCGAAAGGGCCUCCGCCGGUCGUAACCACGUCAUGCACGUUUCGGAGCGACGACCCCGCUGCCCUCCUCAAGCACCGCAAGAGCGUUCACAAGUAUAAGAGCAAGAUGCGGGCGAAGAAUACACAGAUAGUCUGGCCACAGGCCGUGCAUCCAAAUGGCGGCGUGCCGCCUUCGGGAGAAACACCUCUACAGUCCUCAUCUCCUUCAGACCGUGCCCCGGAGCUCGCGCACCUUGCGGUGGAUUUAGCCACCUCACACGGUCAGCCUAUCCGCUACGAAUGGCCCGCCUCACGUGCACGAUCUGGGUCCCACCUCGCUUCCGACCCGUGGUCAAUGAUCAACGAGAUCGCCCCCAUCCCUGAGGUUGAAGAGCAGAUCGAUGACCUUGGCGCUAGUUGUAAUAGUUUGCCCGAGAUGCCCGGAGUGCGGCCGAUUAGCCAGCCAUCACCUUGGGACCCCGAGGAAUAUAGCCCCAGAGAAUUUGGCUCUUUCUUCGGCGAGCAGGCGAAGCUCACUUCAACAUAUUGUGGCGCAGAUUCACUCUUGCUCUCCAACGACACCGGGGCUGUGCAGGGCGUGGGACCGGGAUGGCACCCGGACAUCGUCGCGCUGACGUACCUGCCCAAAGUCUCCCGCACUACCCUCAGCGGAGCAGACGCAUACGCGAUUUCCCUCGACGGCGCAAUGGGUCAUGCAGAGCCGGGUUGGCACCCGAACGUCGUCUUGAAUGUGCACGUACUCGCGCUGGCCUCUGGCGACAUGCCCUCCCCUAUGUCUGUGGACUCGCAGCUCGAAGAUGAAAUUCACGCAGAGCUUGGAUGCCAGGUGGUCUAGCAUCCGGGAUCGGUGGCACCGUUUCUUUCGCGGUUUUCACAUACGGAUUAAAGGUUGCAUCAUCUCCACAUACAUGCGGCUCCUAUCUCGCCUCCUUCGUCUCACAUUCUCCCGCUUCUUCCCUCUCAUGCCUGACUUCCUCAUGGUAGGCGAUGCUCUCCCAUCUGUAACACAGAAAUACCCAUAUAUUUUCGCUCGCAUCUAGCCCCGUAUUUUUUUCACAGUAAACUCCAUAAUCUCGCAUACUAUACUGACACAGCUCCCUAUGCUCGACAAUCCUAUAAUCUAUAAGCGAC